CAGAUAUUGGACAUUGACGAAAUUGGCAGCGCUUGUUAUGGAUCCGUCGCUGAAUUAUCCCCAAAUCUACAAAGCUCUUAGUAUUGAAGUUAAGAAGAAAUUAAACGAGAUAAAUAGGUGUGACCAACAGGCUAAUGACUUCGCUUGUGUAGCGAAAAGUUUGGCUGUCCAAGAAUGUCAUGAAUUAGCGGCAGUUUUUUUACUCGGCAAAGCAAGAUGUGAAUUUGCUGCUAAAAAUGUAACUUCUGAAGCGUCAACAUUAUUUACAGCUGGAAAAUAUUUUAUACAAGCUGAUGAUAAAUUAAUUUCAACUAAUUCUAUUAAUUAUGAGGAUAAUUUAAAUUGCGCGAUUCUUUGUUUGUUAAGAACAGCAAGAAUCUAUGAAUUGAAUGAACUUUUCACAUUAGCAACAAAUGUCUACAUUUAUCUGGUGGAUACGUUAAUGAGGCGAUCUAAAUUUCAUCAAGCUAUACCAUAUUUAAAACGUUCUAUAGAAAUUGUAUCAAAAGAUGUUCUAUUAAGUUUAGAAUUAUAUAAACGUUUAAGUUAUUGUCAAUUAUAUAUACAUGAUUGGCCUGGUGCAUUAACUACUUUUAUAUUAAUACAAAAUUUAGCCAAAGAAGAAUUUACAUUGAAUUCAUUUGAUCUUUAUAUACAAUAUUGGAGUAUAUCUGAAAUAUUUCGUGUAUUACUUAUUCUUCUAUGUAUGCCUUCAUAUAGAUUACAUAAUCCUGAUUUAACUGAUUAUUCUUUAAAACAAUAUGAUAUCAAAGUGAAUGAUGAAAAAACAGAAGAUUUAUUAAAAUCAUCUACAUUAAAUUCGAUUUACUUGGAUCAUAAUUUAUUUAUCUUGUUACAGUCAUUUGUGUUGGCGCAUCGAUCAAAAGAUAUUAUAGAAUUAGAAUCACUUUCUGUCAUGCUUCAAUCAUAUGUAAAUUUAGAACAACGUGAAUUAAUCAGUUUAAUUCUUCGAGAAGUAAUAGUGGAUACAUCAUGAAAGAAAAAAACAAAAUCAAUAAAUGUUUUCUUUACCGCUAAACAUAUUCAAAUGAAGCAAACCGUCUCUGUAAUCUUUCAACAACAAAAAAAACUCGAUGAUUGUCAAGUUUUACAGCUUGUUACCUUGUUCUUCUAAUGUAUGUAUAUGAUGUUUUUCUGCUUUACUCCAAUGAAGUUGAAUUAUCUCAGUAAACUAUUUUUCAUAAUAUACGUUUUUCAGCAGAAUUUAGAUUUUUCUUUCCAUCACCGGUGUAGUGUACAGAACGCUAGUUGGGGACAAUCGAAUGUA